CGGGCUGCACGGAGGGAGGGAGGGGUGUGACUUCCAGCCAACCGUCGACAGCUCCGGAGUUUUCAGAUCAGUAAAAAGAUGAGGAGCUGCUCUCUCCCACCGAGCGGCGAAGAAGGACCUCUAAUUCAUCGGCAAAUCUAGGAAAUAACGGAGAAUCGACUGCUCAGUAAUGAAAUGCACGUCCCCCGGUGUUGGCUUAACUUUGAUCUGAACUGCGAGCGUCCAGCGUUGAACACAAAGCACCCUGGAGUCCCUGCUCAAGUCUGACAUCCAGUGUCGGCAGCUUGAAGAUGAUCAACCCUCGGAUAUACCUCCACUACAACCACACGGGGAAGCUGGACCACCGGCCCAGCGUUGGCACGAGCCCCGGCGCUGUGGACACCAAAACCAUCGUGUUCCUCAUCGUGUGCAGCUUCAUCGUCCUGGAGAACCUCACCGUGCUGGUGGCCAUAUGGAGGAACCACAGGUUUCACAACCGCAUGUACUUCUUCAUCGCCAACCUGGCGCUGUGCGACAUGCUGGCCGGGGUGGCCUACCUGGUCAACCUGCUCCUGUCCGGGGAGAAGACCCUGCAGCUGUCCCCGGCUCUCUGGUUCGUCAGAGAGGGCAGCAUGUUCGUGGCACUCGGCGCCUCCAUCUUCAGCCUCCUGGCCAUCGCGAUCGAGAGACACCUGACGAUGAUCAAAAUGAGGCCCUAUGACGCCAACAAGAACUACAGAGUGUUUCUGCUCAUAGGGACCUGCUGGCUGAUUGCGAUAUCUCUUGGAGCUUUGCCUAUUCUGGGCUGGAACUGCCUGGAAAACCUCCCCGAUUGCUCCACAGUCCUCCCUCUCUAUUCCAAGAAGUAUGUAGCUUUCUGCAUCACAGUGUUCAUGGUUUUGCUCUUGGCCAUGUCAGUCCUCUACGCCCGCAUCUACAUCCUGGUCAAGUCCAGCAGCCAGAAGGUGAGCAAGCACAGCAACUCGGAGCACGCCAUGGCCCUGCUGCGCACCGUCAUCAUCGUGGUCGGGGUCUUCAUCGCCUGCUGGACGCCCAUCUUCGUGCUGCUCUUGGUGGACGUGGCGUGCGAGCAGCGCUGCCCCAUCCUCUACAAGGCCGACUGGUUCAUCGCGGUGGCGGUGCUCAACUCCGCCAUGAACCCCAUCAUCUACACGCUGGCCAGUCGAGAGAUGAGACGGGCCUUCCUGGGUCUGGUUUGCGGCGUUUGCUACAGGGGGAAGGCUUCUGUGAACGGCAGCGGGAACAAGCCGUCUCUGGAGCCCAGCCGCAGCCGGAGCAAGUCGUGGAGCAGCCAGAACAACCCCAACCAGAACCAGCAGAGCUCCAGGCAGGCGGAGCUGGAGAAGGGGACGCAGACGGACGCCGGCCACGGAGAGGUGUCGGUGGUGGCCGGAGCAAGCAGAGGUGCUGCUGAGGCUGUCGUUGAGGGUGACAGGAAAGACUGAAAGAAGGGAUCUACAUGUUGUGUGUUUACUGAUGAGCAUUGGAGAACAUUGGUGACCAGAAGGACUUUUGCUCCAAUUAGAAUGAAGGACAGAGUUCAGACAUUUGCUGCAGGGCAGUGGUUUCACCUUUGUGCUUGAUAUUGACAUAUAUGCAUCUUCUACAGUUGGGAAGCUCAUUAAAUGUUCACAUUGAUGUAUGAGGCCAACAGAUUCCAUCAGUUUGGCCUCUUUUGUCGAGUUCAGUGUCCGGUGAGAGCCAAGCAUCUCCAAAUUUGCUCAUUUUACAGAUAACUUGAGGACCUUUUAUCUGAAAAAUGCACUCUCACAAACCUUAAACAGGGCAGCUCAUUGAAAAUUGACUUUUUGGAGGUGCGUGGUUUUCACAGAACAGUGAUUUGUGCAGAUGAAUGGUGCUCUUCCCCUCUGACAGAAAAGACAUUCGUUGUGACCAUCCAAGAGAAAUAGAAAGUGAACAUCCACCUGUAAUCAAUUAAAAGUGCAAUUAUAGUACUGCAAAAACAAUGUAACGAAGAAUGAUUGUAGACAGUUAUUAUCGUAAUGAGAUACAGCUGAAGGUAUUUAUUAUUCUAUGUAUUCUGUCAUUUUGUAUUUACCCAGUGAUGCUACAGUAUGCUGUGCAGUUACUGUCAUCUGCAUUGUACAUAGUAGACUUGAGGUUUGACACAAACAUGCUGAAACUGCUACUUUUUUUUUUAUCAUAUCAGUAGAGUUCAAAAUGAAAGAACUGCAUUUGUUACAGUAAAAACAAAAAAAAUCCGGCAGCAGUAGUUUUAGUGAAACCAGGUCUCCCUCUGCUGGUUGUGCUCAGUACUGCUGCAUGUUCAGUGUGGAAAGUUUUCAUCAACCGUAAAAAGCAUGAAGCUCUUAAACUAAGUCCAAGUCUCAAGAGGCAUGUGAAUGCAGCAUGUGAAACUAAAACGCAGAUGCAAAAUAUCGGCUUUGACACAAUAAAGUAAAAAGAAAAACGUGUAAACGCACUGAGUGAGGAUGUUUCAUGUGGAUCACCUCGUGUGGGGAGCAGAGAGUGGUUCGGCCUAGUUUUGGGAACAUUUUCCACUUAUUAACAGAGGUUUCUGGUCAUUCUGAUAGUUUUGAUUUGGGGAGGUUUUUUUUUAAAGAUUUCUGCAGCAUGCAUGAAAUUAGAAUUUAAUUUGUGUUGCUCGCAGGACUAUAUUAGUGUUAUACAACUCAGAAUAAACAGCUCCUCUUCAGUUCUGGA